CACGCCACACACACCAUUUCCCACAGUUCCACAUUUUUCACCCCCCCCCCCCACCCCUUCAUUCCCAAUGGAAGAUGCUAUAAAACACAUUCACAUCAAUCCCACUCACUUUAUAAACAUUAAUUAUGCAAUUCAACCAAUACUCUGUAUUAAACAUAAAAUGUGAUUUAGUAAUACAUUACAAAAAAAAAAUGCUGCACUCACAGGCCAGGGAGAGUUGGCAGGAACACAGACAAAAUCUCAAGACUUGAGAUUAUGAAACAAGGUACUUUAUGAACAAUUUUGCAGUGGGAUCAAUACUCUGUAUUAAAUAGAAAAUGUGAUUUGGUAAUACCCAAAAAUUUGCAACGCUCACAGCUGAGAAAGGACAAUGAGAGAUGGCGGUAACACAAUCAGACAAAAAAAAAAAAAAAAUACUGAGAUAUGUUUAUCAUAACAUCUUCUGGACACUUUCGGGGACAGCCUUACUUGCUCCUCAUGUAAAAUCACCACUUGAGAGAUCUGCGUAGAGGACAUCAUUCAUGGGACAUUAAAGGUCAAUAGUAGGAAAGAAUAGGUAAACAGGUGGUCCAGGGGUCAGUGGAGUAAGGGGGGUGUAUGUGUGUGUCGGCAUGUCGAGGGACUUCAUCACACCAGAUCGGACUUUAAAGCAGGCCUCCUAAAGCCAGAAUCAAAGCGGACAGGAGGGGUGUCUUCUAAAGUAGAAGAUCGCUGACCCGUGUCCAAGGACCGCACGUCGGUAUUUGUCACUGGCCCGACUGCGUACUGUAUGCGUGGGCCCAAGGUUACGGCCGAGCUGCUGUGUGAAGAGCAAAUCAGGCGGCUUAUAUUUAGCCUCGCAAAUGGCGCUCUGUGGAUUAUGUCUUGCGGCUCUCCGGUUUCGUCUUCAGCGCCUCUGCCUACCGUGACGGGGGCUGCAGUCUGAGCUAUUCAGGUGAGGCUCAAUGUCAUGUUCUUCCACACCAGUUCGUCUUCCAGGCAUUUUUUCGCUCUUCCUUCGGCGCACAAACCCAAAGGAUAUUUGCGUUUCACCGCCGUCUUCCUCCAGGGGUGAAAGGCUAUCCUCGCACCGCUCGUCCCGGACCCACGGACCAGUAGCGCUGGAGGUUGUUCCACCGGACGACUCUUGGGAAUCAUGGACGUCCUCGCCUUAGAGGCAAAGAAUGUCAACGGUUCAGAGCCUGAGAAAAAGUCUUCAUCCAGGCCCCGACCCAAACCGCCCAAAAAGCCAAAAAGGAUCGUUUACUUUGAGGUGGAGAUUGUGGAUGUAAAGACCAAGGAGAAACUGCUCCUGCUGGACAAGGUGGAGCCAACUGCCACUAUUUUGGAUAUUAAGGCUUUGUUUCACAAAUCAUAUCCAAAGUGGUACCCGGCCAGACAGUCCCUGCGCUUGGAUCCAAAGACCAAGUGUCUCAGGGAUGAGGAAGUCCUCCAAACACUUCCUGUGGGAACCACAGCCAGCUUCUACUUCAGGGACCUCGGACCGCAGCUCACAUGGGGGACUGUCUUCCUUGCAGAGUGCGUCGGUCCGCUGGUCAUCUAUUUAAUGUUCUACUUCCGCGUCCCCUUCAUCUACGCUCCAAAAUACGACUUCACCGCCAGCAAGAACUGGGUCGUACAUUCUGCUUGCAUCUGUCACUCUUUACAUUACAUCAAGAGGAUUUUGGAGACAAUGUUCGUCCACCGCAUCUCGCACGGGACCAUGCCUCUCCGGAACAUAUUUAAGAAUUGUGGCUUUUACUGGAGUGCCGCGGCCUGGAUGGCGUACUACAUCAACCACCCGCUCUACACGCCGCCGCUUUACGGUCAGCAGCAAGUGAAUGUCGGACUUUACUUUUUCUUGUUUUGCCAACUUGGGAAUUUCUCCAUCCACGUCGCGCUUCGGAACCUCAAGCAACCCGGUUUAAAAGUCAAGAAGAUUCCUUACCCGACGAAGAAUCCCUUCACGUGGAUUUUCUGGCUGGUGUCUUGUCCAAACUAUACGUAUGAGGUGGGCUCGUGGCUGGGCUUCAGCGUGAUGACGCAGUGCCUGCCCGUGGCUCUCUUCACGCUGGCCGCCUUCGUGCAGAUGAGCGUGUGGGCCCGAGGCAAACACCGCGGCUACUUGAAGGAGUUCAAGGACUAUCCCACCCUGCGCUCCCCCAUUCUGCCCUUCAUCCUCUAGAACGCCACACCGCCUCGGCGGGGGGGAGGCGACCUUUUUCCUAUCAGGGGCCAUUUGUGUUCAAAUCCUCCCAGAGUCAUACGAAAUGUAUGCAAAAAAUAUAAUGUAAUGAAUGUUUAUUAUUACACAUUUUGAGCAAUUUGUUCUAUUUGUUUUGACAUUUGCAUGGCGAUCUGUGUACUGGAUGGACCGCCACCAUUUGGAGCGCGCAAGGUUUGGCUGCUUUAAAGUCUUAAUUUACGGAGAAAGUUUUUAUUUUUGUUAUUUUGCUACAUUGCUUGGUUUUGAAAGUAUUUCUACAUGUCAGUUGGCUGCUACUGUUGGCAGGGGUUUCACCACAUACAGCGAAAAGUGAUAUUCUUUUAAGCUUUUGACUUAUGAAACAAGUUUGUUUGACCACCGGCAUCAUGAAGUGCUUUCACGGAAACAUUUGAUGCGGAAGUGAUUUUUUUUUAAAUUACCUUAUUUAAUUAAUUAAAAAUUAAACUACCAAGUAAAUCUUUUGUUAUCUGCUUACUUGUCUGGCUAAUUUGCAAAAGUUCAUUAUGGUGAACUGCCACAUACUUGCACGAGUUCAGCAGUUGCAAAUUUUUUUUUGGGUGGGGGACCCUUUCAGUUCUUGAACCUGUCAUGUAUCAAGUGCAUGUACUGAUGGUGCUGUGGUACAUGCUGCUGUAGAUCGCAUGGGUUAGAUUUCUGGCCGGUGUUAAGCCUGGGUUUAAAAAAAAAAGAAAAAAUUGGGUGGGUUGCGCCAGGAAGACCAUCCGGCAUAAAAACUGUGCCAAGCAAAUCAUGCCAGUGACUUGCUGUAGCGACCCCCGAUGGCCACAACAACACGGGGUCAAGUGCAUAUUUGGCACAGAGCAGAGGCGCAAGGAUCCAAACGGGGUCAAGUGGGCCGUAGCCAAGCAACGAAAAUAAACUUUUAAAACGAUACUCCCAGGGUUUUUUUGUGUAUUUUAUUUUUUUUUGUACUCUACUGAUGUGAUGAAAAUGUCGUCAUAGUCGAUCAAUCAAUGUCAAUCAUCAUUGAUAUUUUUUCACGACAGGACCGCGGUGCCCAACCUUUUUCUGCGGUACAGACCGGUUUCACAUGACAAGAUAUUUCGUCGGCUUGGCAUAGUAACAAAGAAAAACAAAAUGAUUAAAAAUACAACUCACCAUUGCGCUGAAUGUUGUAAUUAGUGGGAACUUGCGCAUGUUUCUCUUGACAUGCCGGUCUCAUCUUGUGUCCCAUGAUGUAGCCGGGCUCCAAAAAUAGUCUGUUGAGUAUCACUGUUUCUUUUUCACUUGUUCAUUUAUUGUAUUUCAAGAUAGAUUCAAGUGUUGUGAACGGACACAAAUGUCGCGAUGUUGGUGCGUGUUGUAUCGUACAACUUCGAGGAUGAAUAAAGUUCUUGUUAGCACAGUU